AUGGCUGGAUUUAAAAAUAACGUUCCUGUUCGAUUCCCGGACCUCCCUCCAAAAUCACCAUCGGGCGCUGAUCUUAUCCAAGUAGAACGCGCUAAGGCCACGUUUGAUGUAAAGGCCUUGUCGAAAUUUCUCAAUGGCGAGGAGUGGCUUUCAAAGCUCGAGAAAAUCGUUCCAAUACUCGAAUCCGAACCUGUUUUUGACAAGACACAACGAUAUUUCCAAGGCAGAGACGCGAAGAUCAGAAAUGCUUGGGAAAAAGACAAGCGGCAUCUGGAACUUGCAAGAGAGCACAAUUGGGAUAAAACCGAUGAGAGCAUUGCUCACAUGCUGUAUGAUCAGCCGUCUCCGUACCGUCUCCAUUACAUCAUGUUUAUCCCCACUCUGGAGGGACAGUGCAACGAAGAGCAACGCAAGCUGUUCUUGGAACCUUCCAAGAGAGACGAAAUCAUCGGUUGCUAUGCUCAAACAGAGCUGGGACAUGGAUCUAACGUGCAGGGCCUCGAGACUACGGCAACCUACAUUCCCGAAACAAACGAAUUUGAGCUUCAUUCGCCGCACCUUAGUUCGGCAAAGUGGUGGAUCGGUGCGCUUGGAAAAACUGCCAACUAUGCAGUUAUCAUGGCCCGUCUAAUUAUCCAUGGCAAGGAUUAUGGCUCACAUACAUUCUGUGCUCAAAUCCGUAGCCUUGAAGACCAUCGACCAUUGCCAGGGUUGACGAUCGGUGACAUUGGACCCAAAUUUGGUUAUAACGGAGUAGACAAUGGAUUUAUGAUGUUUGACCACUUCCGCAUACCUCAUAUUUCCAUGCUGGCAAAGUAUGCUCAAGUGAAGCCCGGGUCUGGAGAAUAUGUAAAGCCAAUAAACAGCAAGUUGAGCUACGGUGGUAUGGUCCAUGUCCGCGCAAACAUUGUCAAUGAAACUGGCCGGGCAUUGGCGCGUGCUUCCACAGUCGCAGUUCGAUAUGCAGCCGUACGCCGUCAGUUCGUUGAUGCUGCAAGCCCCCGCAAGUGGGGUAAUGAAACGAUCGAGACAUCUGUCAUAGACUACACCAUGGUGCAGUAUCGUUUAUUGCCAAUCAUUGCACAAGCAUACGCUCUGCUCUUCACCGGACAAGAAAUGAUGAGACUCUACCACUUAAAUAUGGAGGCUAUGAAGCAAGGCAACUUUGAUAUUUUGGCCGAUCUUCAUGCCAGUUCGUCCGGUCUCAAGAGUCUGACUUCGUUUAUGGCCGUGGAUGGUAUUGAGGAAUGUCGUCGCUCGUGUGGCGGCCAUGGUUAUAGCAUGUUUUCUGGCUUGGGUCACUUUUAUCAAGAUUAUUUGCCAAACAUGACAGUCGAAGGAGACAACAAUAUGAUUUACCAGCAAACUUCCCGCUACCUGCUAAAGACCUACCGUAACGUGAUUGCUGGAACUGCCAAGCCAUCGGAGCAUAAUCUCACGUUUAUUUAUUUGUCGCAAUACUUGCAAAACCCCAAGGCCAAGUGCCCAGCCAAUUCCGCCAACGACUUUCUGAACCCUGAAGUAAUCCUUACUGCCUUUGGCUUCCGUGCCGCCUAUGGUAUCGCCAAGGUUGCUGAACAAAUUGACCAUCAAGGACGGUCGUGGAACGAUGCCCUCGUCGAUCUCCAUCGUAUUUCCCGCGCUCAUUGUCAAUACAACAUUGUGCGCAACUUCUUCAUCACCCUGCAGCGUGCCAACGAGGGCAACAACCAGCAAAACAUCAGCAUGGCUGAGCGUAAAGUGUUGCAGUCACUCGCCUAUUUGUUUGCACUCCAUACGAUGGAAAAGGACCUCUCCGACUUUGUCAUGUCGAGCUACUUCUCGCCCGAGCAGAUGGACAUGAUCAAGCAACAGGUGCAAAGUUUGCUAAAGGUGGUUCGCCCCGAUGCUGUGGCACUUGUCGAUGCUUUUGCACUCCCCGAUUACAUGCUUCAUUCCGCAUUGGGUCGAUAUGACGGCAACGUGUAUCCAGCACUCACAAAGAUGGCAGAGCAAGAGCCAUUGAACCAAACCAUCGUUGUCGACGCUUAUGAAACGUGCAUCAAGCCCAUGCGAGAAAAUGCUUUGAAGAACAAAAAGGAUAUUACCGCCGCUAAAUUGUAA